AUGACUAUGAAUAUUAUAUUUAGAAAACCUAAUGAUAAUGAUAUUGAUAAAAUUAAUCAUUUUAUAGCUGAUAUUUUUAAUAAAGUUGAACCUGUAAAUCAAGGAAUAGGAUUAUGUGGCAAUUGUAUGCUCAAUUGGGCAAGUUCUCCACCAAUUUCAAUAGGUAAACUAUCAAUUGAUAGUAAUUUAUCUCUUCUUGCUGAACAUGAAGGUCAAUUAAUAGGAGCUCGUUUAAUUUCUAUAUCUGAUAGGCCACAAAAAAUUGAUAAUGAUGUUUCUAUAAAUUUUGAAUAUUGUGAUAAAUGUAAAAAAAAAGGAGAAGAUUUUGAUCGAUUUUUAAAAAUGUUAUACAAAUUAAAAAAUCAAGUAUGGGACUUGGUUCCUUCGGAUGUUACUAAACUAGCUCAUCGUGAAAUAAGUGCUGUUAAAAAAGAAUAUCAAAGAAAAGGAAUUGGUAGACAAUUGGCAGAAAAAGAAUUUUCUGAUGAAUAUUUAAGAUCAUUAGGCAUUCAUGGUAUUGUUUCUGAGACAUCAUCAAUUGCUAACCAGCAUUUAUUAAAAUCAAUUGGUUUCAAACCAUUAGCAGAAGAAAAGUAUAGUGAUUAUGAUAUUCAUCCUGCAGAUGGUGGCCAAUCUUUAGUUUUAAAUUUUAAAAAAAUUUAG